AUGGAGCAUGGGAUGUCGCCACUGCACCAUCUCCUUGACAACAGCCCUUCGCCGCAGCAUCGUCUGCUCGGCAAUAGUUCUAUAGACAGAAUUCCCACAUUCGAGCAGCUCGCACGCAGACAGGACGAGUCAGACGACAGAUUCGCCCGACGAAUCUCCGAGGAUGCUUCCAGCGUGUCGACGGACGCCCACGAUGCCCACGUUGAAACUCCCUGGACGGUGUGGUCAGCGGAGUCAGAGGUUUCUGUUCCCGCUGCUCUCGCGACGUUCCAAAAUCCCGCGCAUCCUGCUUCGUAUUACCCGCAGCCUAGCCAGGGGACCGACGUUGCUGCCGCAUCUGCCGCCGCUGCUUCCGCUCAUGGAGCUCCUGAAGCCGCGGGUUCGCUGCUCACCCAACUUCCCCCGCAGUUAUUGGAGGCGCUGAACUACAUAUCCGACCCGCAACCCGGCGAGACGGAAAUUUGCGUGCUCUCGCUACACCUCGCCGGUGCGAAGGAUAUGAAACUCAUGGCUCGCGACGCCGCGGUAUGCAGUUCCAUGGUUGAGAUGGGAGCAGCGAAAAAUCUGGUGUUGAUUAUAAACGGCGUGAUAGGAGCGGAGGAAGUUAAGGAUUUGAUGGAUUUCCGGUAUCAAGUUGCUGAGGAGGCAGCUGCCGCGCUGCUGAAUCCGUCUCUAGAUAAGACCGCCAAGCACAUGAUAGGAGCCAUGGCGUCAUCCCUUGCAUUGCGCAGUGCCUUUGCUGCUGGAGGUGGCGCUGUGCGGUAUGCAGACAGGCAGCCAUCUGCCGCUCCUUCCGGGCGUGGGGCUUCAGAAGCCGCGGGUUCGACGCUCACCCAAUACCCGCCGCAGUUUCCCCAGGCUCUGCGGAACUGCUACUCCGCCCCGCAACCCGGCGAGUCGGAAACGUGCGUGCUCUCCCGGCAGCUCGCCGGCGCGCGGGAGGUUAAAGUUAUGGCUCGCGACGCGGCGGUAUGCGCCCCCAUGGUUGAAAUGGGAGCAGCGAAAGUGCUCUUGUCGCUUGUUGACAGCGUGAUAGAAGCGGAGGAAGGAAGGGAGUUCAUGGAUUCGCGGUAUCAGGUUGCCGAGGAGGCAGCUGCCGCGCUGCUGAAUCUGUCUCUAGAUAAGACCGCCAAGCACAUGAUGAGGAGCCAUGGCAUCAUCCCUACCAUUGUGAGGUUGGCUGACAUCAAACGCAGCAGUCCAGACUGCCCUGACGGUGCCAGUGGUAAUGCUCAUAAUUUACCCAACAGUGCCCAGCAGAAUGACACCAGCAGCUGUUCUGGUGGUAACGCCAGGACCGACACCUCCACCCGCACCAGCUCCGCGCAUCUGCCCCUUCGAGAGCUCGCAGUGGCGGUUAUCCACAGUCUUGCACAGUCAACAACGCUGAAAGAAGAUUUAGUGGAUCAGUGGGUGGUGCAGCCGCUGGUAGGCCUGUUGAGGGAGCCAGCAUGCAGCAAGGAAGGACAGAAGGACGCCUUGUAUGCGCUCUACCUCUUAUCAACGUGCGAGUCUGGGAGGUUGGCUCUGUCAUAUCGCGGCGCUGUGCCUUUGUUGCUGGAGGUGGCACUGUGCGGCACGCAAAGAAGUGGCCAUCUGUAUGUGAAGCAGUCAGGAAGAUUCUUUGACAAGGCCAUUCAUGCAGUGGCAAAUGUAUCCGAGGAGCGAUCAGGACUUUCUGCUUUGGUAAGCAGCAAAAUUAAUUGCUGGUCUAGUGAAGAUGGUGCUGCUGGCUCUGAUGGCUGCCCUCAAAUUGGGCAUGGGAGCUACAUUGAAGUUUCGGGACUACAAGUGCUUUUCAAGCUGCUUGCAAAUGGGAGCGAGGUGACGAAGCAGCAUGCUGUUUCGACUCUGCACGGGAUUGUCAGAAAUGCUGGGCAAUGCGGUGCGCAAGUUUUAGAUGAGAUCUGGUCCUUGCGGCAGAAGGAGAAGCCGAGGCCCCAUUUGGGGGCUUUAGCAAACGCUGGAUCGGCCAAAGCCCAGCAACUCUUGAUGGUGUUGUUUCCUGCCAAGGUGGCCAAAGAAGCAGCAACAGGCUGA